CCACGAAUAUCAGGAACACCAAUGGCGUCAGCAACACGAGGGCUACUGGCUUGCUCCAGUAGGCGGGCGUCUCAGAUAAUCGCCCGCCAAUCCACAAGAUCCUGUCAACGAGGCCUUUCCACGACCGCUCCACUUCGCGACGAAGAAGACAGACCCAAACGACCCGCAGCCGCACCACCAUCAUAUAAAAACUACCUCCCCAAAGGACUGGACAAACAAUUCGAAAAAGAGUUCAAUGAGACGCAAGCACAGCAGCUCGAGGCUCUAUCCGCGCAAUUGAAGCAUCUCAAUUUGGACGCCGCAGAGGAGGCUUUGCGAAACAAAAAGCAAGCUAUUCCUUGGUCGAAGCGUGAGCAUUCUGAAGACAAUGAUAUCCGCAAUUUCCGUAUAACAGGAUCCCCGGGCUUCUGGGCUGAGGGAGAACCGCGUAUGGGACCGGAUGAGGAUUUCUAUGGAGAUGAUAUCACUUCGCACGGACACGGUGAACUUGAACUGCACAGAGAGUUGAGGGAGUACGCUCGAUUGGCGGCUUGGGAAUUGCCAUUGCUCAGCCACCUUGCAAAGCCAUUCGAGCUUCCAAAGCAACCCUUCCGAUUCCGAUACACAUCAUACCUCGGCGAAAGCCACCCGGCCGCAAACAAAGUCGUUGUAGAAUUCGCUGUAGCCGACCUGCCAAAUUUAACACAAUUGCAGAAGGACAAGCUUAUCAAACUCGCUGGCCCACGCUACAACCCCAGCACAGAUGUUGUCAAGAUGUCAUGCGAGCUCUUCGACACAUUGCCUCAGAACAAGCGAUCCCUUGCUGAGACAAUCAACAAACUCAUCAAGGAAGCGAAGGACCCGAAGGAUACAUUUGCCGACGUGCCAUUUGACUUCAGACACCACAAACCAACAGUGAGGCAUGAGUUCCCGAAGGAGUGGAUUAUGACAGCGGAAAGGAAGAAGUACCUCGAGGAGAAGCGAGCGCUCUUGGCGAAGACGGAAGAUGAGAGAUUACAAGGGGGAAAUAUUGUCGACGGACAGAAGAUCAUCGAGUCAGCGUUGCCUUUCACCACUCCAGAGCCAGAGCCGGUCAUGGUGUCUGGACCAAGAGGCAAGAAAUUACGGUAGACACAAAAGGAUCGCGAAUGUUGUAUAAAUGUGUAUCAUAGUAAUCUGCCCAAUUUAUGCCCUUUGGCAGAGAGACAAAAUAAAGUCCAGCGCCGGUCUCAGACCAUGUAUUACUGCAAAUCAAGAAACUACGUUACAUA